CGCAACCAGUUAGUAAUUAACAAUGAUAACACAGCUGGUUUGCUUGGUUACAACGGUAAUAACGUUAAUAAAUAGCGUGGAAAAUUUAGUCAACCCAGUACCAAUAAGAAUUGUUAGUGAACAAUCAACACGCUUAAGCUCCACACCAUCUCCUAAAUCACUUGCUACCGUUAAGCCACCGGCAAACUUUUCUGGUCCAUCUGCUUUACGCCUUUUGGAAAACCAAUGUUUCACAUAUUUAGAUGAAUUGUACCAAUAUCGAUUCUGUCCCUUUCGCAAUGUAACUCAACAUGAAACAACAAGCAAUUGGAGUAGAUUUGAAGGAGUUUUAGGUAUUUGGUCUGGUGAAUGGUCCAUCGGGAACAACACAUUUUUAAGCAUGAAAUAUCGCGAUGGUGACUUAUGUUCAAGUAAAACUGGUCAAAUACGUCGAAGAGUAAAGGUUUAUCCCAUUUGUGGUGCUUCAAACAGAUUAUUAAAUGCCUCUGAACCAGAUCUUUGUCGAUACGAGAUGUAUUUUGAAACUCCUCUCAUCUGUGAUACCAAAAAUAUCAAGGUUUAUCCAACUUUGGAUGAAAAUUUACGCUCUAAAUGGGAUCUUUUGGAGACUUUGCGUUUAAACCAAUUGAUAACCAAUAAGGCUUACACUUUUCAAGUUGACCAAAUAUUUCGAGAAGCUGGUCUCAUCCAUCGUAAUAUGUUCGCUAUUGGUGCGGAAAAAGAUGAUGAAGAAGAGCCCCAGUUUGACAACCUUGCCCAAUGUAAACGAGCUUAUAAAAAUUUGAUGAAAGAGAAGACACAUUCUGCCAAAAUCUAAAUUUUAUAGUAAAGUAUCGCUUGAAUUUGUAUCUCAUUUGGACUUUUUUUGCCCAGAACGUCAUCGAUACAAAUUCAAGAGAUCUUUUGCUGUAUUCUCAAGGUUUAACUCAAUGUAUCUUUUAUACAACUCUGCCAUGAAUCAUCCAUCAUCUAAUAUUGUCAUAUCAGUUUUCUAUUUGCUGUUAUGUAUAUUUUUCAUAUCUAUGAUUGAAAUCACUAAGUGAUCAUUUCUAGAUGAACCAAAAUGAUUAUCAUUCAAGUGAUAUAGCGAUGAGAAUAAUUUUCUUCUCACCCUAUUUUUUUACAAUAUCAUCCUUUUAUAUACUUCAAAGAUCUUUAAAUUAAUCAAAUAAAUUACUCCUACAAUAAAUACUUGUUAAACAAAA